UUUAAGAGUUGAGAAACUCCAAAAAGCAAAAUUGGAAAACGAAAAAUGGGAGUAGCUUCAGACCGAUUAUCUUCCUUGCCGGAUUCAGUUCUGCUUCACAUACUCUCCUUUCUUCCCUUCGACGACGUCGUUCGGACCACCCGUCUCUGCCACCAAUGGAGAACUCUCUGGUCCUUCUCUUCCACCCUCAAUUUCAUUCACCGUUCCAAGGACCUAUUUUCUGUACGAAAGUUCGUUUCAUUUGUUGACAAAUCCCUCAUAAACUUGCACGGUAACUGCAACAGUCUAUUAAAGCUUCAUGUUGAGUUCCCCUUUAAACGUUGCUUUACAUCCGAUGUUACUGUUUGGGUUCUUUUUGCCAUCACCCAUCAAGUCAAAGAACUCAAUUUGGUUCUCUCCAAUGAUGAUGGUGAUUGUUAUAAUCUCCCUAAGAGAUUAUUGUUCAACUCUUUUCUUGAAAAAGCGAAUUGGGUUUCUUGUAGAUUUUACAAAGUUCAAGCUGUCAGAUGGGAUUCUUUGAGGGAACUGAGAAUUGGGUCGACGGAAUUUGGUGAUGAUAUAGUCAGGAAAAUUGUUGCUGGUAGUCCGUGUUUGGAUUUGUUGGAGUUGGAUAACUGUUGGGGUUUUAGGUGUUUGGAUUUGUUUGGUGGAAAGGUGAGUAAGUUGGUGGUGAAUGGGUAUAAGGAAGUGAAGAAGUUCUUGGAUCUUGAACUGGAAAUUAAAGCACCUUGUGUUAAGGUAUUGGAAUUAAAGGGGUGUAUUAGAAUGAAUAUUAAGUUGAAGAAUGUGAGGAACUAAGGAUGUGUUAAGGUCUCUGUGAAAUUUGUUUUCCACUCAAAGAACCCUAAGGAUGAGGAGUGUGACAACUUUUAUGAACAGCAAGGAGAUAUGUUGAUGGCCAUGUUUGGGAGUUUCAGUCAUGUCAAAGAUGUUAUGUUAGGGACAUGGUGCAUUGAGGUUAUGGCAUUUUGGGACUCGCCAUGGGUGCUGUUUACCAUUAUCAGCUGUGAGUGUUUAACACUGCAUACUCCCGUACAGAAGCGAUAUCUUCCUGGCAUUAUACGCUUAUUAAAAAAUUUACUUAAGCUUCAGACGCUAAUCAUACAUAUGGCCCUACCCUAUUUUGAGUUUGAGGCUUGCCUUAUUCCAGUUGUAAAUGAUGUUUACUCUGUUGAAGGAAAGCUUCAACUGUCUGUGCUUCCUCGAGGUUGCAGUCAUCAACUUGAAAAGAUCAGAGUUUGUGGCUUUGAAGGAACGCAAUCUGGCCUAGAAGUUUUAUUUCUGCGCGAUCUUCUUUUGAUAUCUGCUAACAUUGAGAUGAUGGUUAUUGAAUGGAGAUCUGGACUUCAGAACUCGAUUCGUGAUGCAUCAGUUGAGUUUGUGGCUAAAACUUUAAGAAGCGUUUGUAAACGCUCAAAGAAAGCUGUGGUUUUGUUCAAAAUGUAACUCUUGAUUUUCUGCUGCUUGUUUUACAUUAAGCAAGCUCGAGAGAAAGAUUUGACUAUUUUUUUUUGUUUUGGAAAUAGAACUCAGCAUGUUGAUGCAGCAUGUCAGUAAGAACUGAAUUAGCUAAUUGUACUCAAAAGGUUUUUUCAUCCGUUUCCUUUUCAUGUUGUACUCUAUUGAAUCAUUUAG